AUGGGGGCCACGCGUGCGGACUUCGAAGCCUCAGUCGCCAUCCAUCCAACCAUCGCUGAGGAGUUCGUGACCUUCGGGGGGUGGGGCCAAGAGAAGAACGGAGACCAGGUUCGUGCACAGCUGCCACCGUACUUAAAGCCCAAGCCUGUGCUCUCUGAUUUCGCCACAGGGGCAGCUUUGGGCGCAGCCGCUGCAGGAGCGAUUGCUGCUGCAGUGGUGGCAAUGGUCCUGGCCCGCUCCAGCAGACAAUGA